GGCUGCACCGUUUGGUUGACAGGUUUGUCAGGAGCUGGCAAAACAACUCUGGGCUUUGCCCUUGAAGAAUACUUAGUGACCCAUGCCAUUCCCUGCUAUUCUCUUGAUGGUGACAACAUUCGUCAUGGACUGAACAAGAACCUGGGCUUCUCCUCUGAAGAUCGAGAAGAGAACAUCCGCCGUAUUGCUGAGGUUGCAAAGCUCUUUGCCGAUGCGGGUCUGGUGUGCAUUACCAGCUUCAUCUCUCCUUAUGCUAAGGAUCGGCUGGAGGCUCGCAAAGUACAGGAAACUGCUGGUUUGCCAUUUUUCGAGGUCUUUGUGGAUGCUCCUUUAGAUAUCUGUGAAAGCAGAGAUGUGAAGGGUUUAUACAAGAAGGCAAGAGCUGGAGAAAUCAAAGGUUUCACUGGAAUUGACUCUGAAUAUGAGAAACCAGAAGCUCCAGAACUGGUGUUAAAGACCAACCUAAACACUGUAAAUGAAUGUAUCCAGCAGAUUGUGGAGCUUUUACAAGAGGGGGUAAGAUAG